AUGAAACUCUCUUUUCCUCUUUUACCUAGCUUUAAUCAUAAUCCCAAAGGCAAGACAACGGCCAUAUCCCUUGUAUUUGCUAUUUUGUUUGUCACGACGACGACGAAUGCCAUCACAACGACAAAAGACAAUGAUGCCAUUAUUACCUACAACAUUCAAGACCAGCUGAAUCAUCGAGCAUUUGGCAUUAGAGAUGAAGAUGGUGCCGACUUUGAUGGUCAAGGGCAUUAUUUUUUGCAAAAGAACACAUCAUCCACCAUGUCAAUAGAUGCCAUCUCAUUCAAAUCCUUCAUUGGAGAUUCAAAAGACAACAUGGUAGCCAAGGGCCAAACGCUUGCAUUGGAUGAUGAUGCCGACAACAACAACAACAACACCGCUUUGGGAGCACUUUAUCUCCUUACCUCUGCAAGCUUUGGACCUACGACGCCGAGUAAAGUACGAGUGCUAUACAAGGAUAAUACACAUAGCGAUGUUCGAAUCAGUGUACCAGAUUGGCAGGCCCAACACCUGCAUCAAUUACGCUAUUUGAAGCAGCGAUUCCCGAUCAGUGCAAGUGACACGCGUGAUGGCGCAUUGUAUGCAUUACCGGUCUUUGUGGAUCCAAGGAAAAGCGUUCGCUCUAUUACAUUACCCGCGGACGAUCAUUUACACGUGUUUGCCAUGACAGGCUACCGGUCAUCAUCAUCAUCAUCAUCCAAUCUCAAGGUUUUUGCUGCACGUUCGGCAGGAUGGGCUUCCAAUAACCAAGCCAUUGUCGAAGUGCUGGUACAUAAUAUCAGUCCCAAGUAUCAGGGACCAGUUGACAUUAGUAUCAAUGAUCACGAGAAAAGUGCAACGUUAAAACAAUUGGCUCCAGGACACAUGACUACUGUCAGGGGUGUCAUUACCACCACCACAAGUAGCAAGAUGGAUGUUACCAUAGCAUUAGGUGAUUGUUGUCAAGAGACCUUCACAUUGGAUUUUGGUUCACCAAGCCAAGUCAACCAGCAUCAAGCACCAGAAUGGCUUCAAAAUGCAAAAUUUGGUAUCUUCAUCCAUUGGGGUCUCUACUCGGUACCUGCAUGGGCACCUGUGGGCAAGGAAUACAGCGAAUGGUAUUGGUGGCAAAUGAAUCAUGAAAACGAUCCCACGUACGCAUACCACAACAAGACCUAUGGAGCUGACUUUGCCUAUGACGACUUUAUCAAUUCAACUCAACUCGCUUCGCAUUUGGACCCUCGUGCAUGGCUUGAUCUCGUGGAUGCAGCACAUGCACGUUAUUUCGUGUUCACCACCAAACAUCACGAUGGCUUUGCCUUGUGGGAUACCAAGGUCACGGAUCGAUCCUUUGUCAAAAUGGGGCCUAAACGAGAUAUUGUCAAGGACUUGAUGACAACAGCUGCAAGUUCAUAUCCACAUUUAAAGCGAGGUCUUUAUUUUUCUCUCCCCGAGUGGUAUCAUCCACAAUACAAGGAUGAUUCUCUUGGAUGGCAUGGUCCACCCAUGAACCCAUAUACCCAAAAGGAGAUUCCUUAUACCGGCUAUCGCAAGAUUGAUGACUUUGUCCAUGAAUUGCAAGUGCCACAGGCAAAAGAACUUUUGCAACAGCAUCAACCCGAUAUUUUUUGGUGCGAUAUUGGAGGCAUUCAUGAUUCGCUUGAAUGGCAAAAGGAAUACUUUUCGGCUGCUGCCAGUCGUGGUCAACAGGUGGCAGUGAAUGACAGGUGCGGGGAUGGUUCAGCUUCUGAUUUCACCACCGUCGAGUACAAAACGGUGGACACAGCCCCUGAUCGGUUCUGGGAAGCUACUCGUGGUAUCGAUCCUUAUUCUUUUGGCUAUAAUCAAGCAACACCCAAAGACAAGUAUGCUACAACGGAAGAACUUAUCAAGGAACUCAUCACCACAGUGGCUCGAGGAGGCAACUUUCUUCUCAACAUGGGCCCUGAUGCUUCGGGCAAAGUGCUUGAACCCAUGAAUACACGUUUACGCGAGAUGGGUGAAUGGCUUGAUCGUUAUGAAGCUCAAGAGGCUAUUUUCAACACAACCACCUUUUGGGCAGCUCCUGAUGGCGUGGAUGAUAUGGAUGAUGGCCAUCGAUUGUAUUUCACUGUGGCCGAUACUGCCUUUUACAUCUUCACUCUUGAAAAACCUUCGACCACCACCCUUGUGAUCGAUGCACCUAUACCCAUUCACCCAACGCUGGGUAAAGUAUCUUGUGCAGGGCAGCAAAUCUCUUGGUCAUUGGAUGAUCAGGGACGACUCGUACUUGAAAUAUCAGAUCAUGUGAUUAAUGCAAGCCAAUAUGCCUGGAUCUUUAAAGUAACCAACCCCAAUUAG